CAUAUUGGGCCAUAUAUGAUCGUGCAACAAUGUCGAACCACCAAAAAGCUGUGUUAAGUCCCUGGUUUCAAGAGCCAUCUGGGAAACCUCAACGAGAAUGGAACUUCACAGCUCAGAUACCAUAAAUUUCAAGACCAAAAAGCUUCAAUCACUCCUAGUCUCGGUUCUCUCUCUAGCCAUCGCCUUACCGGCUUCGGCGUCGUCUCAGGGCAUCAAGUUCAGCUUCCAGAAUUUCGCCGGUAAUAGCAUUCAAUACCAAGGCGAUGCGUCGGUUUCGAGUAACGCCAUCCAACUUACGAAGGCCAAUCAAGGCCAGAACCUCAAUGAGAGCAUGGGGUGGGCCACCUACCCCGAGCCGAUGCGCCUUUGGGACAAGGCGACCGGGAACGUGGCGGAUUUCACCACCAAUUUCACCUUCGUCAUCAACUCGCAAAAGGAGUCGAAUUUCGGCGAUGGAAUGACCUUCUUUCUCGUCCCAGAAGGAUCUCAACUCCCGGUCAACUCGUCGGGACGGUACCUCGCUCUUGUAAACCCGAACCGCGACCCUUCCAACUCUUCUACCUCGUUUGUAGCCAUCGAGUUCGACACUUAUCGCAACAACUAUAGCGGUGUUGUGGACCCGAAUUGUACAAACGUUGCACAUGUUGGUAUAGACUUGAAUAAUCUCACUUCCGCAGUCUCUAGCUGCGUCGAUUGGUUCAAGGAUAAAAUCAUGAGCGGUGGGCGAAUCAACGCCACGAUAACAUACAAUUCCAGAACGCAGAACUUGAGCGUUCUCAUGAUGGAUGCCGAUGCCACGGGCACCGACAUAAAUUCCUCCGCUAUCUAUGAUAUAGUCAACUUGACCAAGUAUUUGCCGGAGAGGGUGACUUUGGGUUUCUCGGCUGCAACGGGUACGGAUUUGGAGCUGCACACUAUUGAGGCAUGGGAAUUCAGCUCUAAUGUGCAAGUGGCAGGAAAAAAGAGCAAGUUCUGGCUAUGGGCUACCUUAGGCUCAGGUUCUUUCGUUUUGCUCAUUCUUGCUUUAGCCUUUAUUUGGUUUCGUCACCGUUCGAAGAGAAAGGGAACUUACAUGAGCGGAGAUGAAGAUGAUCUCGCAAUCGAUGAAGAAUUCGAGCAAGUGCCAGGGCCCAAGAAAUUCUACUACAAGGACUUGGUCGCGGCGACCGACAAUUUCGCAAUUGAACGAUUGCUUGGGGAAGGAGGCUUUGGGAGAGUGUACAAAGGAUACUUGACCCCCAUGAAUGUUAAUGUCGCAAUCAAGAAGAUUAAUCCGGGGUCAAGACAAGGGGUAAAGGAGUACGCCAGCGAAGUGAAGACCAUAAGCCGGCUCCGGCAUAGAAACUUAGUCCAACUCAUCGGGUGGUGUCAUGAGAAAAAGGAACUGCUGCUCAUCUAUGAGUUCAUGUCUAACGGUAGUCUCGAUUCUCAUCUAUUCAAAGAACGAACCUUCUUGUCAUGGGAGAAGCGAUACAAAAUUGCGCAAGGCAUAGCCUCGGCAUUGCUUUACCUCCAUGAAGAAUGGGAACAAUGCGUCGUGCACCGCGAUAUAAAGUCCAGCAAUAUCAUGCUCGAUUCCGAUUUCAGUGCUAAACUAGGGGACUUUGGCUUGGCUAGACUUGUCGACCAUGCCAAGGGGUUACAGACGACAGUGUUGGCUGGAACCAUGGGCUAUAUGGCUCCUGAAUGCGUUUACACGGGCAAGGCGAGUAAGGAAUCAGACGUCUAUAGCUUCGGGGUCGUCCUAUUAGAAAUAGCUUGUGGAAGAAAAGUCGUCGAGCCAAGGGCCGAGGAAGGCCAAGUCCGGCUGGUGGACUGGGUAUGGGAGCUGUAUGGGACCGGGCGUCUACUUGAUGCAGCAGAGUCGAAACUUGGUACCGACUUCGAUGAAAGGCAACUGGAGUGUUUGAUGGUUGUAGGGCUGUGGUGCUCUCAUCCAGACCACAGCGCCCGUCCUUCGAUAAGAGAAGCAUUAAACGUUCUCAACUUGGACGCUCCGCCGCCCGUUCUCCCAUUGACAUUGCCGGUCCCUACAUACCUGGCGCCUGUACCCUCAUUCACCAUGGCAUCCAUUGUUUCGUCCUCGACCAGUGGCACCGAAGUGUCUGCAUUUACUACCUCUUCCAGUCAACCCUCUCAUUCUGCUUCCUCUGCAUUGCUCCUAGAUACAAAUUGAGUUACUACUUUGAUAUCGGAUUCUAUUUGCUUUCAUAUGAAUUUCUUCACAUGUUGCUCAGUAUUGAAACUCCAUAUUUAAGCUUCCAUUUGUUCUCCAGGAUUAUCUAAUGUAGUAUGUGUCUUCUUUGAUGGUGUAUCAUCUGUUAUCAAUUGAUAGUUAAGAGUG